UUAUUUCAAGCUCAAAUAUCUACUACUCCUCUUCCUAGCUAGCACAUACCACACUAGCAUCAGCCACCACCCUAAACAUUUUUCUGGCAAAAAAUGGUCACUGUCGAGGAUGUUUGGAGGGCACAACGGGCCCGAGGCCCGGCGACAGUUUUGGCGAUUGGAACGGCAACCCCACCAAACUGCGUUGAUCAGAGUACGUACCCGGAUUACUACUUUCGGAUUACUAAUAGCGAGCAUAAGGUGGAGUUGAAAGAAAAGUUCAAGCGCAUGUGCGACAAAUCAAUGAUUAAAAAACGUUACAUGUACUUAACAGAGGAAAUUUUGAAAGAAAAUCCUCUAGUGUGCGAGUACAUGGCACCUUCGCUUGAUGCUAGGCAGGACAUGGUUGUGGUUGAAGUGCCAAAGCUAGGAAAAGAGGCUGCAACUAAGGCAAUCAAAGAAUGGGGUCAACCAAAAUCCAAAAUUACCCAUUUGGUCUUUUGCACCACCAGUGGUGUGGACAUGCCCGGUGCCGACUACCAGCUCACCAAGCUCCUCGGCCUUCGCCCAUCAGUCAAGCGACUCAUGAUGUAUCAACAAGGUUGCUUUGCUGGUGGCACGGUUCUUCGCUUAGCCAAGGAUUUGGCCGAGAACAACAAAGGUGCCCGCGUUUUAGUCGUGUGCUCUGAGAUCACUGCGGUCACCUUCCGUGGGCCUAGUGAUACCCAUCUCGAUAGCCUCGUAGGCCAAUCCCUAUUUGGUGAUGGAGCAGCCGCCAUUAUUAUUGGGUCAGACCCAAUUCCAGAGGUUGAGAAACCACUGUUUGAGUUGGUUUCAGCGGCCCAAACCAUUCUCCCUAGUAGUGACGGUGCCAUCGACGGACACCUCCGUGAAGUGGGCCUUACAUUUCAUCUCCUCAAGGAUGUUCCAAGGCUCAUCUCUAUGAACGUUGAAAAGAGCCUGGUGGAAGCAUUCCAGCCUUUGGGCAUUUCUGAUUGGAAUUCCCUUUUUUGGAUUGCACACCCUGGUGGGCCUGCUAUUUUGGACCAGGUAGAGUUAAAAUUGGGCCUUAAGGAAGAGAAGCUACGGGCCACAAGGCACGUGCUAAGCGAGUAUGGUAACAUGUCAAGCGCGUGCGUGCUAUUCAUACUAGAUGAGAUGAGGAAGAAAUCAGCUGAAGAAGGGCUCAAGACCACUGGCGAAGGGCUUGAGUGGGGUGUGCUAUUUGGGUUCGGACCUGGGCUCACCGUUGAGACUGUGGUGCUCCACAGUUUGUGCACUUAAAACUUAAAAGGGCUACUUAAAGUAUAAGCAUUGUUUCUUGUUUUUCUUUUAAUUUGUGGUUGUGGUGUUGAAUGGCUUUGUUUGGUCAUACUCUGUUUGCAUUUUAAAGUAAGAAAUGCGAAUGAAAGUAAUGUAGUGACUUUUAAAAGAAAUAAAAUGUUCUUUAUCAAA